UGUCUUGUUAAGAGUCACUCAUGAUAAUAACGUUUGCGUUGCAAAUAAAAGUAUGACAGAAGUUAAACAUAUUUUUUACAUUUCAUGAUGAUAGAUGAAAACCUGUGGAAUUUAAAAAUGUUUUUGCAUAGCGUUUUAAGAAAGAAAAAUAACCAAUUAAAUUUUAAUUAUUACCUGAGCGAUCUCAAUUGAAUUAAAUUGUAUUUGAUUACUAGAUUAUUAAUUAAUUAAUAUAGAAGACAUUUGUUUCGUUGUUGAUGCUGAACCUUCAAUAUCAUCACAUUGAUAUAUGAACGAAUGUUACGAUGAGGUGGAUCAUUUUUGGAGUUGUUAUUUCUUUCUUUUCUUUUUUUCAUCGAGUUCAAUCCAGUCUUUACAGUACAAAAGGUAAAAAAAAUCUUACAAUCGGGCCAGACGUUGUUUUGCCUGAGACUUAUGUUAAAGAAAUAAGACCAUCUUUACCAGAAGGAGGUCCAGUAAUUGUAGACUUUAAUAUAUUUAUCGUUGAUAUCAAUUCCAUCAAUGUAGAAGAUAUGGAUUUUCGUGUGGAUAUGUUCAUCAGACAAAGUUGGAAGGAAACUAGGUUGGAUUUGCCGGAUGAUAUUUUUGAAGAAGGUGAUGACUAUGUGACCCUACCACCAGAAUUCUUUGAUAAUCUUUGGCAACCUGAUCCAUAUUUUUUAAACUCCAAAGUAUCAGAAAUCGCCACUUUAACACAUAAAUUCUCAUCAGUUACUCUUUUCAAGAAUAAAACCGUAAGAUAUUCAGCUAGAAUGCAUGCAAUUGUAGCUUGCCAGAUGGAGUUUCAGUUUUACCCAAUGGAUGUACAAGUGUGUCCUAUUUACAUUGAAAGCUUUUCAUAUAAUAUAAAAAAACUAAAACUUCGUUGGGGUGUUGGUGGAGUGACGGUGAAUCCUGAACUCCGACUAUUACAAUAUAAUUUUGCUACUCCUCAAUUACUCGAAGAAAUAAAUUGUUACAUGUUGGAAAAGAAUGGUAAUUUCUCAAGACUUGUAGCUUUCUUUAGAUUCGAACGUCAAAUAGGACACCAUUUAAUUCAAACAUUUGCACCGUCUACUUUAGUGGUGAUGUUAUCGUGGUUUAGUUUUUGGUUGGGAUUAGAUGCAAUUCCAGGUCGUGUAACUCUUCUUGUUACAAGUAUGUUAACACUUGUAACAAUGUUUACUGGGUUAAAGAGUGACAUUCCGCCUGUUGCUUAUGUUAAAGCACUAGACCUUUGGAUGGCAGGAUGUAUGGUAUUUGUGUUUGCCUCUCUUGGUGAAUUCGUAGUCGUGAAAGUUAUCGACGCAAGGCAUAAGCAAUUGAUGGAUUUACAGAUGAAUCAUUCCCGCUCUUAUUCGACGAGACUUGCAUCUUUAGAGAAAAGUAUGUCAGUGUGGGAUUAUGAAGCUGCUUUGACUGUACAACCAAAACGAAAACGAGCCGGAAGUAAACAUUUAUUACAAUCAAGUUGGUUAGAUCCUGAUGUUUUAAUAUAUUCAAAACAGAAAACCUUAUCCAAAAGAAUUGAUCACUAUAGUCGUCUGAUAUUUCCAACCCUUUUCCUCCUUUUUGUUAUCAUAUAUUGGCCGAUAGUAUUGUUAAAAAAGUCAGCUACAUUUUUGUAAAAAAUUCUUUUAUUUAAAAAAACAAAUACUUAUCUAGUAAUUACAAAUAUAAAUUAAAUUAAUCUAUAUCCAUUUCUUGAAUCGAUCCUUCUAAUUCUUCGACAGAAGUUUUCUUUGUUUUCAAUUCAGCAGAUUUAAGUAUCCAGUCUAGUGUAUAUUGAUUGAAAUCACAUCUAAGAUAUUUAAAUAAAAAAAUAUACUAUAAGAUAAUAUUCUUGAAAUACAACUUGAUAAAAAAAAAUAUAAAAUUUUACUCACAUCUUACUUAAGUCGUCA